UUUACCCACAGGUGGAAACGUGUCCGCUGCGGCGAGUCCGAAUAGCGGCGAGGCUCUUUGAAGGUGACGUUGCUGGAGAUUUGGCAGAACCCGUUGGAGAAGCAGCUUGUAGAAGCAUCCAAGAGGAUGAGGAUCAAGUACGGCAUACCCGUCAUCUUCUUCCUGGCGCUUGUGAUCAUUGAGAAGGAGAGCAACAUUAUCUCCAGGGUCUCGGAUAAGCUGGCGUCCAAGCAGACCCCCCAGACUCCCAUACAACCAGGGGGUUUGACCAGCGCGGCAAGAAAGCACAAUGCUUCCGUGGCCUCGGCCUUCAGGCUGAUGAAGUGGCGCCUGGAAAACUUCAACGACUACCAGGCGGCGAAUGGCAGGAAGCACAUCCUCCUCUUAGCCACCACCAGAACGGGCUCCUCUUUCGUGGGCGAGUUUUUCAACCAGCAGGGCGACAACAUGUUCUACCUGUACGAGCCGCUGUGGCAUGUGGAGAAGAUGCUGACGCUUGCGACGGGCGGCACCAACGCCACGGCCGUCGCCAAAGCGUACCCCGAGGUGCUAAGACAGCUCUUCCAGUGUGAUUUCUCCCUGCUUGAGAGCUUCAUUGACCCCCUCCCCACAGAUCACACUACCGCCUCGCUGUUCCGUAGGGAGUCUAGCAUCUCCCUGUGUGAGAAGGCGGUCUGCAGCCCCUUUGUAAAAGGGGUCUUUGAGCGGCAUCAUUGCAGGAGCAGGCGCUGUGGGCCCCUCAACCUGACCUUGGCGUCAGAGUCCUGCCUCCACAAGGAACAUAGAGCCAUUAAGUCAGUGAGGGUGCGCCAGCUGGAAAUCCUCCGCCCCCUCGUGGAGGACCCGCGUUUGGACGUGAAAUUCAUCCAUCUGGUUCGGGAUCCCCGCGCCGUCCUGGCCUCCCGCAUGGUGGCCUUUGCUGCCAAAUACAAGAACUGGAAGCAGUGGGCCACGGACGGCGACGAGCCCCUCGACGACAACGAGGUUAAGAAGCUGAAGAGCAACUGCGACACCAUUAGAAUGUCAGCCCAGGCGGGCCUGAGGCGGCCGGCGUGGCUGCGCGGGCGCUACAUGCUGGUGCGCUACGAGGACAUCGCCCGCUUCCCCAUGAGAAAGGCCGGCGAGAUGUACAAGUUCGCCGGGAUCCCCUUCACGCCGCAGGUUAAGGCGUGGGUCCUGAAAAACACGCGGGCCUCCAAGGAGACGAGCGGCCUUUACUCCACGCAGAAGAACUCCUCCGAGCAGGUGGAGAAGUGGAGGUUCACGCUGCCCUUCAAAAUAGCACAGGUGGUGCAAGAAGUCUGCGGUCCUACGCUGAAGCUUUUCGGCUACAAAUUGGUCUCAAGCGAGGAGAUGUUAACGGACAAGUCCAUAAAUUUAAUCGAAGAUAAAGUUUUUGACUUUUUAUAGACCUCCAGAGCAGGGAUAUUUAACUAGACUAUUUUGGGGGUGAAGAAGCAGCUGAGCCGGAAGGCAAAGCUCUCAAUUUACCGGUCGAUCUACGUUCCCAUCCUCACCUAUGGUCAUGAGCUUUGGGUUAUGACCAAAAGGACAAGAUCACGGGUACAAGCGGCCAAAAUGAGUUUCCUCCGCAGGGUGGCGGGGCUCUCCCUUAGAGAUAGGGUGAGAAGCUCUGCCAUCCGAAGGGAGCUCAAAGUAAAGCCGCUGCUUCUCCACAUCGAGAGGAGCCAGAUGAGGUGGUUCGGGCAUCUGGUCAGGAUGCCACCCGAACGCCUCCCUAGGGAGGUGUUUAGGGCACGUCCGAUCGAUAGGAGGCCACGGGGAAGACCCAGGACACGUUGGGAAGACUUUGUCUCCCGGCUGGCCUAGGGACGCCUCAGAAUCUACCUGGAGGAGCUGGACGAAGUGGCUGGGGAGGGAAAAGUCUGGGCUUCUCUGCUUAGGCUGCUGCCCCAGCAACCCGACCUCGGAUAAGCGGAAGAAAAUGGAUGGAUAUUUUGGGGGCCACAUUUCCAUAAAGCUAAGGACCCUUCACUAUUAUUGUUAUUUUGUCUCUUCCUGAAAACAGGUGUCCUCUAGAGAGGACAUUUUGGUCUGAGUUACAUGUACUGCAAAAAUGGUAGUCAAAGAUCAUCUAUAUGACAGCACUCGACACUGUAAGAAAUGUUUUACAGUGAUUUCGCGAUAAAAAAAACAAACUGGCAGCUCAGUCAUCAGAAAUUAACGUUUUUUUCAUAUACAGUACUGUAUUUUCCGGACCAUAGGGCGCACCGUAUUAUAAGGCGCACUGCCGAUGAAUGGUCUAUUCUGAUCUUGUUUCAUAUAUUA